UUCCUUGUUUUCUUGGCGUUGUGGUCUCUUGCAGUUCCAGAGUCAGUUCAUUUGCUACAAAUACAUGUUUAACAUCUCAACAAGAGUUCUGAACUCAUGUCGGAGAGCUGACUCGAGUUCAGCGGUUUUGACAUCCGGGAUCCUCCUUGUGACAGUCAGCUGAUAGGAUAUGAAAAAUCGUUGAGUUCUCCCGUCUGCCAACAAGGACUACAUUCAUAGCAGUUUAUAGAGUUUGCAGCUGUUUUUAUUGGCAUUUUAUAAAGAAGAAAUGGCCUCAAACCCACCGAAAUUAAAGAUUGGAAUUACUGCCAAUGAGAGAUUUAAAAACUUGAAAAAUACUUUUGAGAAAAAGUAUGGAGAAUCUCCACUCUUCUAUGCAUGUGCACCUGGACGGGUAAACCUGAUAGGAGAGCAUAUUGAUUACUGUGGUUAUUCUGUUCUUCCAAUGGCCAUUGAACAGAACAUCCUUGCAGCUGUAUCUGUGAACACUUCAGGAACUAUCACACUAGCCAACACUAAUCCUCAAUACAAGGAUUUCACCGUAUCGUGCUCCGAAAUUGCCAUAGACAGAGAAAAUCCAAAGUGGCAUUAUUAUUUUCUCUGUGGAGUCAAAGGUAUCCAGGAAAAGUUUGAGAUAGCUCACUUGAAGGGGAUUUCAUGUGUCGUAGAUGGAACCAUUCCCCCCAGCUCAGGCCUCUCCAGUUCUAGUGCCUUAGUCUGCUGUUCCGGGCUUGUAACAAUGGAGGCAAAUGAAAAAACCCUUUCUAAGGUGGCCCUAGCAGAACUUUGUGCCAAAUGUGAGCACUACAUUGGCACAGAGGGUGGAGGCAUGGAUCAGUCCAUCUCAUUCCUGGCAGAAGAAGGAACUGCAAAGCUGAUUGAAUUUCAGCCCCUGCGAGCCACUGAUGUCAAACUCCCAGAUGGAGCUGUGUUUGUGAUCUCUAACUGCUGCGUGGAGAUGAACAAAGCUGCUUCCUCUCACUUCAACAUCCGUGUGGUGGAGUGUCGGAUAGCUACAAAGAUGCUUGCCAAGGCACGGGGUCUGAACUCGAGUGGGCUCCUGAAGCUGGCCCAAGUGCAGACGGAGCUGAAGGCCUCUUUGGAGGAGAUGCUAGCUCUGGUUGAUGCUGUGUUGCAUCCUGAGCCGUAUAACCGAGAGGAGAUCUGCAAGGUGCUGGAUGUCACCUCUGAGCAGUUUUCCACCGAGCUGCUGAGCCCAAACACCCAGCAUGUGACACAUUUCAAGCUGCACCAAAGAGCCAAACAUGUGUACAGUGAGGCAGCACGGGUGCUGCAGUUUAAAAGUGUUUGCGACUCUGAACCUGCUGAAUCUGUGCAGCUGCUGGGAGAACUGAUGAACCAGAGCCAUACAAGCUGCAGAGACCUGUACGAGUGCAGCUGCCCUGAGUUGGAUCAGCUGGUAGAGAUAUGUCUGAAGUCAGGGGCAGUCGGCUCCCGGCUGACAGGAGCAGGAUGGGGUGGCUGUGCCGUCUCUAUGGUUCCCUGUGAGAAGGUGGAGACGUUCCUGCAGGCAGUGAGAGAGGCCUACUACCUCCCUGAUCCACGCAGAGCAGCCAUGGAGAAACACAGUCUGUUUGUGUCAAAGCCAGGUGGAGGAGCUGCUAUUUUCCUUGAGGAGUGAAAGUGUCCAUGUAGCCACCGUUAAAUAAACACUUGAGGCAGAAGGGAUGAAGUAUGAAAUAAACUUUGUGUUUACAUUUUUCUCUUUACAGAUUAAACUUCAUUAUAAAAAAAAACUACAUAAGGGCCAAAAAUGAUGAACAGUGUGUAAUUUCUUAUGAAGGGAAUCCUUUUAAUAGAGUUUUAAAUCAUGAAGGCUGGGCUUUUGUAUUGAUGAUUUUGUACAUCUAGAUCACAGUGUAACAGUUGAUCUCAUGAAUAAAUCAACCAAUAAAAAAAUACAAUUUU